AUGAGGUCUUUUUGCGCCAUCACCGGUCUGGUUGUCAUCGGACUGAUGGCCUGCGUGGAGGCUUCGGUCAGAGCAGGUCCCUACCAAAUAAUGUACCUGUGGAAUGCCUAUUGUAUCGAAGUCGAAACGUACGGUCAUGGGAACACGUGGACGGCGCAAAAUUGCAACCAGGGCAAAGCAAACCCCUGUGACUUCGACGAGUUCAUCAAACACAUCGAGAUGGCGAGAAACAAGCCGGGCUGGACGGGUUCGACGGGCGUGGGCACCGCGAAGGACCUUGAUGUGAUUCAAACGGCCGAGAACCUGAAGACGCUUGGUUAUAGCUCGACCAUCGAUCCGGCCAAGCUUUCCCCCAGCAGUUUUACUAAACAGGACCAGCCGACUCUCGGACGCCUGCUGCAGGAUAGUUUCGAUGCCAUCCAGCAGGCAAAAACCGACAUCCUCAAGGUGUCAGGCAAAAGCUAUGCCAACAUUGCCGACUUUGUAUACAACGCGGGAGAGUCGUUGGAUGUUUGCAUCGACAUGAGGAGAGCCGACCAGGCCGACGCCCUAAUCAAGGACUACAAGGCAGGGAUGGCCACCUACGGGUUCACCGACAAGGAUGUUGCAUACAAGUCGCCCAAGCCCACUUUGCCUAACGGUGGGGACUUUGAUGAAAUUGACGUCGAAGCUACGAUCAAGAAGAAUCCCAACUUAACUGAGGCUUGGAAGAAGUUCAUACGGGACUAUGUCAGCAACUACGACCAACUCGCAGGCGCACCCCUGAAGCACACGACGGCUAUUAUCGAUCUCCAAAAGAUCCGAGACGGCAUCUGGGGGUCGUUUUCUUGUUUUUAA